AUGGUGGCCGAACUAACUGACAUUCCCGUUGCAAACGCAGAACGAAAGACACCAACAGCUGAUCCGCAGCAGUUUAGGUGCUCGACUAAACCAAAGAACAGACCGAAGUGGAUUCAGACUGCUACUCGUGAGCCUAUAUACAGUGUUCUCGACAGCAACGAUUCUGCCAACAACUUACCACCUAACGUAAAAAACAAAGUGGUCGUGAUAAGCGCCGUGAAAAGUGAAAAACCAAGAAAAAGUGGUUGCGAAGUAUCUCGAGUGGAGCAAAGGGGGCUUCCAUACGUUUGGCUACCGACAGACAGUAAAUUAACGUUUCAAGACUCGACGAUACUCGAAGAAGAUGAGGAUCCUCUGUAUAGCGUGGUGAAAAAACCAAAAAAAGUUCAGUUAAACGAAACGUGUUGUUUCGAAAGGAAACUGCAACCGAUCAAAGAACAAUCGUCGGAGGAAAGGCAAGCACAGCUGGAGGUUUGUUCACGGCAAGAGGAACUUCGCCGGUGGUUACAGGUCGCGUCUCGACAGCUACCGGAACCGCGACGUCUCUUCAGUCUCGGUGAAAUGUACACGAACCACUUGGGAGAGUUUGAUCAGCUGCAUGCGGAUUGGAAGAGGACCGUGGCGGUGCCCAGAGGAAUCGUUGGUUUGGUAGGACCUUACCGUGUUUACCAGAAUCCGAAUGAGAGAAGAGAGUACAUGCUUCAGGAGGAGGAGUUGGUCGAGGAGGUGGUGGAUUCUGUGAGUGAAAUCGCGGCUCGCGAGAACAACGGGACCACUGAACACCAUCAAAGAGCUAAAUGGCGGAUAAGAGAGGACGACGAGGAGACCCUGGUGCCUGAUAUUCGGAACAUAGCUGGUCUCGAGGGAUUUGCUACAGAGGCGGACAACAAGGAUUUAUCGGAAUGGAAGAAAGUUGACGAUCAAAGUACUAUUGAUUAUAGUAAGAACGACGAGGCAUUGAUAUCGAAGGAGGAGGAUUUUAAGGGAAAUAUCGGUGGAAUUGUUUCUGGCAAAGAGGAACGAGCAGUGGAUGUGCCUGAAGAAGCUUCAACAGUUUCCACGUCUUCGGCAAUGGAUAAAAAGGCCAGCAAUGAACAACACGACAAGGACAGCCUGAACGAGACAGGAAGCACGACGGGUGGCACCGUGGAGGGUGCACCUGGAGGAACCCCCAGUAGGGGUGAAAGGAACACCGAGGCCGAGACAACCACUGCAGAAGCAAGGGCCGCUCCAUCCAGGUCUCUGGUCUCCAGGAUCCUUUCUAGGACACGAUCUACGAGCGAUCUACUGGAUCAUUCUGAACCCUUUUCUCAACUAUGGAUCAUUCUCUCGAACGUUUACGGCCAGCUUGUCGUGGUGCUGAUGAUCGCUCUGUGCUUGGCCGAGGUCAUGGACACUCCUGUUCCUUUGCUCAGUUUGCAGGGCGUAUUCCUGAUGUACUUGUACGUAGGAAGCAUAGCAGUGAUCAUCAGCAUCUAUAUUUGGGUAUUGAUAGACAGCUGCGGGAGUCUCGGUACCGGUGCAACCGGUAUGGACGAUGCGGAACUCGGUGGCGCGUCUUUAACCAGGUUUGGAUCAUUGAAACGUGCUCACAUCUCGCGAUCUAGAACAGCACCGACGAGUUUCUACAUUCGGGUUGGAGCGCUCCUUUUCGGUUUGGCGACUCUCGUCUUCAACGGUUUAGAAAUGGCGAUGCAUUCCAUGAUGCAAGGGGCGGAAUGCUUGAGCGACGUUGUCUUUGUACAUCCGGUGCUUCAUGGGCUAUUUACGUUUCUGCAGAUGCACUUUCUCUUCGUAAACUCGCAGGUUCUUGUGGAGAGAUUCGGUUUAGCAGCGAGGUUUGGAUUUAUACAUCUAACUGCCACGAAUAUUGCUGUCUGGGUUCGUCUAGUGAUUUGGGAUUCUGCUCAAGAAUGGACAUAUUUUGUCCAUUUAGCUCAACGAGGUCUCCACAAUUCUGCUUCUCCGUUGAAUCUUCGAGGAUUUCCGGAAUCUUUGACAAGGCAUUCUCGAGAUCUGAUAAAUCAUUCUCCAAUAGAAAAGCAAGUUUUCCAACCAUAUCAACCUAUCUCGAACGAACAAAUCUCCCAAGUGAUUGCAUUACAAGAAUGUUUGAAUACAAACACUCUCGGACAAUUAUGGACAUCGAGCAUGCCAUUUCUUUAUCCGUUUAUUGUGCAAUUUAGUUUAAUUGCUGCUGCAGUAACUUUUGUAAUGGGUCAGAACGUGGGUCGAAAUCGGUUGUCACACAAGCAGAAGUUCCACGGUAGCAAAGAUCUGACGAGUCAUACCAAAAUCGGUUGUGAUGGCUCCAGCAAAGGUUUAUUCCUAGGAAUACUAUGUAUGGUAGCCGGCAUAGUAGUUAUACUUAUAUUUCUGGUCGUAAGAGAAGACGAACAUUUUCCUUCGUCGACUUUAUCCUGGUUAACUUGUGGCACACUGACCAGCAUUUUAAUAUUGAGUACCUUAAUGACAGCCAGUGGACUUGUUCAAGUUCGUCAGAUGUCCAUAGUGUCAAGGGCACCAGCCAUUUUAGAUAAUUUAUUAUCAAACGUGGCUCUUUUCGGAGUUCAAUUAUACUCCAUUUUCACGAUCGUUGUUUCUGCCUGUUCCUUGGCUCUGCUAGAGGACGAAAGCGACGAAACACAAGGAAGACACAUCAUGCUACUCAUAGCAUCGAUUCUACAACUGAUCCAAUGUUUCGCUCAAAGUACACUGAUCGCCGAAGCAUCGAAAAGAUCUUGCAUAGCUCGUUUUCAAAUAAUAGCGAAACCAGCCAGGCAAGUGAUCACUUUUCUGCUGUUCAGUAAUUCCGUUUUGUGGGCCUUUGAUACUGUGAUCACACAAAAUUGGAUCUCGCAAGAACUGCAGCUGAGAUUCUUCGGGGUUCUCGCCUGGGGCGUUAUAUCCAGGAUUGGAUUGCCCCUGUUGAUCUUUUAUCGGUUUCAUAGUUGCGUACUGCUACUGGAAGCGUGGAAUAAAUGCUAUAGGAUGCCAAGGGGAGAACAUCCGCUCAACUGACGACACAGAC